AUGGAAGCGACGCAUCCAACAGCCGGUUGGGAGAAGGUGGGAGAUAGGUUUUACCGCAAGACACAGCUCUAUACCGCAAUCUUCGACCAGGAUCUUGACUUGGAUAAUUAUAUCGUGGCUGGCGCUCCAUAUGGCGGCGCUAUAGCAAUAUGCCGGGAUGACACUAAAAUCAUCUCGUACCAGCCUUCCAAAUCAUCAAAGCCCAGCAUUGACAUAUACAGCUGUGCUGGUAAGCUAUUAAAGAGCAUCGCUUGGGACAAGGGAUCUAUCAAAGGACUUGGUUGGUCUGAAGAUGAGAAACUUCUGGUUGUGAGCUACGAUGGAACUGUGAGGUGUUAUUAUAACCUACAAGGGGACUUCACCCAAUUCUCUCUCGGUCGCGAGGCUGAGGAUUUUGGCAUUCGUUCGUGUCGUUUCUACGACCAUGGGAUGGUUGCGUUACUCACCAAUAACGCCCUCAUAUCUGUAUCCUCGUAUGAUGAACCACGGCCAAAAGCGCUCGCGUCGCCACCGGAAGGGGAAGUCCACGCUUGGGCUAUCAUCUCGCCUAGUUUCACGUUGUCGAGGUCGGUAGAAGUGCUCUUGAGUGUCGACAAGACGGUUUAUACCGUGGAUAAAACUGAAUGCGAAGAUCGAUUCCUAGACAUUGGUCCGUUUUCACAUAUCAGUGUGUCACCAAAUGGGAAGUUUGCGGCUCUCUAUGGCACGGAUGGGAAAGCCCACGUGAUCACCGCAGACUUCCAGAGCCGGCUAAGUGAACACGAUUCCCGAUCUCAACUUACUCCUAAAUAUCUGGAGUGGUGCGGAAACGAUGCAGUUGUUAUAGCGUGGGAGGAUGAGGUGAACGUGGUAGGGCCUAACGCUGCGGUGGCAAGUUACGUUUAUGAAGGUCGUGUCCACGUAAUCGCAGACCAUGAUGGAGUAAGGCUCAUCACCAAUGACGUCUGUGACUUUAUCCAGAAAGUACCUGACGUGAUAGACGAAGUAUUUCGUUACGGCAGCGAAUCGCCGGCCUCUGUUUUACUCGAUGCUGUAGAGCAGCUUGAGAAUCAGUCUCCAAAGGCUGAUGAUAAUAUCCAGCUUAUCCGACCUAAUCUCGUCGAAGCCGUCGAUACUUGUGUUGCUGCUGCUGGACAUGAGUUCAAUAUACAUUGGCAGAAGCAACUACUUAAGGCUGCCUCAUUCGGAAAAUCGGUGCUUGAUAUCUACAACAGCGACGAUUUCGUGGAUAUGUGCGAAACGCUGCGAGUAAUUAAUGCUGUGAGAUACUACGAAAUUGGCCUGCCCCUAUCUUAUGAACAGUUUCAACGCCUUACACCAGAAGGACUUAUCCAAAGACUCAUCAACCGCCACGAAUAUUUGCUUGCACUUCGCAUUGCUGGAUACCUUCGUCUGCCUACAGACCGCAUAUACGUUCACUGGGCGUCCGCUAAAGUCCGAAUUGGCACGGAAGACGAUGACUCGAUCUGCCGAUUAGUUGUAGAGAAGCUUUCGGGAAAGCCGGGAAUCUCAUUUGAGUCCAUCGCUCGCGCCGCCUACGACGAAGGCCGUGGUCGACUAGCGACAGAGCUUCUGAACCACGAGCCUCGCGCGGGACGACAGGUGCCGCUCCUCCUGAGCAUGGAAGAAGACGAAAUAGCCCUCGACAAGGCGAUCGAAAGCGGCGACUCUGAUUUAAUCCUCUUCGUCCUUCUUCAGUUGAAGAAGAAGCUCCCAUUAGCAUCCUUCUUCCGCGUGAUCAACGCACGGCCCACUGCUACUGCACUUGUGGAAUCGUCGGCGGCGUUGGAAAAUGAUAAUGCAUUGCUUAAGGAUCUGUACUAUCAAGACGACCGUCGGGUGGAUGGUGCCGGCGUGUUCAUUCGCGAAGCAUUGCGCCAACCCGACGCGCGCACGGCGGGUGACAAGCUAACGCUCGCUGCUAAAUUGCUGUCCGAUUCGAGAGAGCACCACUUCGAGCUAACAGCCUUGAAGGAAGCGGCCACGCUUCUACGCAUGCAGGAAGCCUUAGAUCGAGAUUUGACGGACACGUUUACCGGCCUGAGUGUCAACGAGACGUUGUUCAAGUUGAUUCGUCUCGGCUAUCAUAACAAAGCCAAAAAAGUCCAGAGCGAAUUCAAGGUCCCAGAGAAGGUGGCUUGGUGGAUCCGACUACGCGCGCUUGUCGCGAAGCGAGACUGGAACGAGAUUGAGGACAUCGCUAAGAGCAGAAAAAGCCCGAUUGGGUGGGAGCCCUUCUUCAACCAGAUCUUACAGGCGGGCAACGCUCGCCUAGCGGCCAUCUUCAUCCCCAAGUGCACGAACCUGGAGCCCGGGGCCGCCAUCACGAUGUACGAGAAGUGCGGCAUGCGCGUCAAGGCCGCGAAGGAGGCCGUCAAGGCGAAAGACGCCGACGCCUGGACCCGCCUGCUCGAAGCUGCCGGCAAGAAUACGCCGGAGGGGAGAGAAAUUGAGAGGGUGGGGGCUCAGGUGUUCAAGAAGUAA